GUGGGAGUGAUUUUUGUGUGAAGCGUUUGCAGUUCGAGUGACCGUGCUGGGGACCGGAGCUGCAUGUACUACUGUUACACAUGCAUAUGUUCAUAGGCCUAUUUCUUUUUAUGAACGCAUAUGGUAUCCACUUCUUUAUGCGAGUUUUGUUCAUUUGUUUGAUGCAUUUCUGUCAGAAUGUUGGGACAUUAUCCAAACGUGGAGAAGACCCAACUGGUUAGCUAUGUGGAAGAUUAUCUUGAAUGUGUGGAGUCUUUGCCUUUGGACAUACAGAGGAAUGUUUCACUGCUACGGGAGAUCGAUACAAAGUAUCAAGAGGUUCUGAAGGAGGUGGAUGACGUGUAUGAGAAGUAUAAGAAAGAGGCGGAUGGGGGUCAGAGGAAGCGGCUGCAGAACCAGCUCCAGCGGGCCCUCAUCGGCAGCCAGGAACUGGGGGACGAGAAGAUCCACGUGGUGACGCAGAUGAUGGAGCUGGUGGAGAACCGCUCGCGGCAGAUGGACUCGCACACGCUGGGCCUUCAGGAGCCCGUGGAGGCCGAGAGGAGCACUGUCGUGGAGAAGGUUCGGCAGGAGCCGGUUCCCGCCGAGCGCUCCUCGGCCCGCCGGCCGCGCCGCCAGCGCAACAGCGAGAGCCGCGACUCCUGUGGGCCGGCCAACGGCGUGGAGGAGGCCGUGGAGGAGCCGCCCCCCCGGGAGAAGAAGUCCAAGUCCGCCAAGAAGAAAAAGCGCUCCAAGGCCAAGCCGGAGCGCGAGGCGUCCCCUGCAGAGUUCACCAUCGACCCCAACGAGCCCACGUACUGCCUCUGUGAUCAGGUGUCCUACGGGGAGAUGAUCGGCUGUGACAACGAACAGUGCCCCAUUGAGUGGUUCCACUUCUCCUGUGUCGGACUGACAUACAAGCCCAAGGGGAAGUGGUACUGUCCCAAGUGCAGGGGAGACAGUGAAAAGACAAUGGACAAAAGCAUUGAGAAAACAAAAAAGGACAGGAGGUCGAGGUAGUCCACCUGGGUCAGGGUUGUCAGCUGUUUCUUUAUCCUUUUAUUUUCAACAAAAGUGUUGCUGAUGGGAGGGGUGGGGGAAUCUUAUAACAGUUAUGAAAGGAAGUAUGUAUGCGUGUGUGUGUGGUUGUGUGUGCGUGCAUGUGGCUGUGUGUGUGUGCGGUUGUGUGUGCGGUUGUGUGUGCGGUUGUGUGUGUGGUUGCGUGUGUGUGUGCGCAUGUGCGUGUGUGUCAUUCGGAUGACCAUACCAUUGAAAUUGAAACUGUAAUAAAGAGAUGGGAUGUGUA